AUGUCUUCUCCCUCUGUGACAUCCGCGUCUCAGCCACGCGUCCCUGCUUGGAAGCGCAUCGGCCUGAAAUUGAAGUAUGCAAAGGAAACAGCAGACAUCCCAGCCACAAAUCCGGCGAGGACGGCGUCAAGUGCAAAUGAUUUCGCGCUCCAGUCCACAAACAACGCCACAGCAGAUAUUCCUCAGCACGAUCACGAGGACGCUCCACGGCCCGCCAAGAAACGAAAGGCAUUCACAAAUGGCUCGCCGGAGCCUCUUUCUGAUCAUGGCAUACCAACCAUCACUUCGGCACAAACUGUCAGGCGCAAAGAACCAACUGAAAGCGAGCAAACGUUGAGUGUGCGCCAAAGCAAAAGAAGGACCUCGCCACACAAGUCCAGCCUUCAACGAGCCGACUCUCGUAGAAAAUCUGUUACAUUUACUGAGGACACGAAGGUCGACGACGGCUUCAGCGCGCAGCAGCUCUUCAAGGACUGGGUAGAGGACGACGACACUGCCAACCAGGGUCUAAUAGAUGCUUGGGAGGCAAGCGAAGCAGGAAAGGCCAAUUCGAGGAUCGAUCCAGAACCCGUAGAGGUUGCACAACCAGUGGCGGAACCCACAAAACUGGAUUGUAAAAACCAGAAACAAAAGCAGAAGUCUCUACCUGCCUCGACUAAUUCUCCGUCGACCGAUACAGUAGUGCCAGGAGAAGCACAGACCAUUGAAACUUCGGAAUACGUGCGCUAUCUCGAGCAAUAUUAUACGGAUAAAGAUCACUGGAAAUUUAACAAGAACAAACAGAAGGAUGUUCUGAAGAACAUCUUCAAUAUCCACCGCAUUCCAGCCAAACACAACGAAGCUAUUUUCGCGUACGUUUCUGGUCUCCAAGGUGCAGCAGCGCAACAGCGAGUACUGGACGAGGCGGAGGAGGUGCUGAAGGCGUUACUGAUGAAGCAAAAUUGUGCCGAGGAAGUCGAGGGAGUGGACUCGCGAGUGAUGCGCCGCAACGCAUAUCAUGAUGCUUUCGAGCGCGAAUGGGCGAUAGUCAGCAAGGUCGGUCGAAGUGAGCAUGACGACCAGACGUUAGAGGAAAUGAGGCGUGAGGCGGAGCGAUUAAAGCGUGCGGAUGUCAUCUUCAGUGAGCUGUUAGAGAAAGCACUUGCUCCGCCACCCGCGCCCAUACACGUAUCGACUCCACCGACGCCCACUACAUUGCCGACAACGGCUGUACCGUCAGGCAAACGCACGACCUUUGAGAAUGACGCUGGAGACACAGGAGACCAGCCAGCAAAGCCUUCUUCGAGACCAAUCACCAAGAAGCGCAAGCGUAAAGCACGGACGGAUGUCUCUUCGAGUAGCAGUGAUAGCGAUAGCAGUAGCGAGAGCGAGGGCGAGUAG